AUGGAAUCUAAAAAAGUCCGCUUGGAUGAAGAUGCGUCCGACAGUGAAUUCGGAUGAAUUCGUAAGUGCGAAUCGAUCCGGGCACGUUGCUCGAUACGCCGAUCAUUCAUCACGACGUCCCAAGGAACAAAUAUCUGCCUCGAAAAAUGCACAAACGGAAUACGAGGCGCAUUUAUCGCAAAACGCCGCGUAUCCCUCAACGUAUGGACCCAACGAUCGGCAGACUAUUCGCCAUGGACGGCAUGUCAACAUUAUGGAGGAAGGUCGACGAGACGUAACGAGAAAUCACGAGAAAACGGAGCAAAAUCAUAAAGGUGUUGAUACGCGCGACAUCGAUUCGUUACGCCGGUCGAAGAAGUCCUGUUGCAUCGAGCUGCGUCUGUUUUGUCUGAGAUUGUGCCGCGCGAAGAAGAGAUACUCCAGACGCGUUUCGAGGAAGCCGAGACGACUCCUCGAGCGAAUAAAGGCGCGAAGUAAAGAAUGCCUGCGGCCCGACGAUGCCGUGGUAGUCGCCGGUCCAUCAACCGCGCCAUAUCUAGAAUCGAUAAGCUAUCGAGAUGCCCCAAAGAAAUCUAGGGAGAGAAGACAUAAACAAGACGAGCCGGCGGUGGAGGAGGUCGCCGAUGAGGACGUCUCCGAGGACAUCAGGGAGGAACAAAGGGAGAGGAGGAAAAGGGCGAGGGAAGAGAGAAGGAAGGAGGAGAAACGGGAGAGGAGAGAAAGACGUAAGCGCGAGGAGCACGCUCUGCAUCCCGUGGACUCCUAUCUGAUAGCGCGCGACGAUGACCUCGACGUCGUCGACGAUCGUGUCCCCGUGAAGCCACCAGCACCGCUCACCGACUUCGCGAAGAGCUGCUGUUACUUGUGCGCCCAGAACACGCUGGCGAUCGCGACCGCAGCCACCAUCCCCAGGCCGGAGCAGUCCGACAAGGGUGUCCAAGUUUCGCCUCAUAAAUUUUACCCGGAGACGUUCCGCCCAACGUUGGAUAAGAGCUGCAGCCCGGUGUUGCUGGUGCGCACCGUGCAGUCGUCCGUCAAAGUGAAGACGCGGGAGACCGGGACAAUGUGGUGUCCCGGCACGACGGCGGUGCCGCGCGAGGAAGAAACGGGGCCGCGCGUGAAAAAGCGCAAGAAGUUCCUCGCGUUCCCGGGGUUGACGCGGACGAAGUGUCCAGCGGGACGGCACGCCGCCUGCGAGACUGAUAAGUCGGCCGUCAGGCGCGAUAAUGCGGAAAAACGCGAGCGGUGCUGCAGGGAGAAAAACGCCGCCUGACAUCGCCGCGAAUUUUGCGGAAGCUCACCCCGGACUAAUUAACGUUUGAUCGGUCGGCGGGAGGAAUGAUUGUAUGCAUCGCGGGCCAUUAAGUUCCCAUUAUAUCACUUCAUCUUCGAGUUUCCACGUUGUAAUUACUCCUGCAUUUUUUUAUCAGCGGAACUUUGCUCCCUUGUCCUCGCGCGAGAUUUAAGCGAAAGAAAGUUUUACUCCAUCAGAGAGGAAGAAGUCUCUCUCUCUCUCUCUCUCUUUCUCUCCCGCGAUAAAAUAUAAUUUAUUGACGCAACAGCGGAACUACUUAUUCGCAGACGCGCUCUUCUCUCGAUACUAUUUUACUUUUCUCUGUUUUUGCUCUUGCGCGUUCGAUAAUUCAGGAUAUGGCUCUUUCAUUUUUAAGUUACAUUGCGCCGGGCCUCCCAUGAACGUUACAUAGAAAUGCGCGACUCUAACUCGAGUGUAUAUUUGAACUGCACGUUGCAUACGAAUCGUUUCGAUAACACAUGUAAAUGCUGUGGUUUGGCCCGUAUCUCCCUCGUCGAUAAAUUAUAUCCUCUGCCGCGUAAGCUUUGUUCCAUUUACGCGCGUGUAAGCGGAAGACGUUAAAUUAUGUACAACGGUUCGAAUCGGAGUCUUACGUAUAACACAUAAUUAUUUCAUCGAGCACAAAAUCUUCUUAUCUAUUCCUGCAUCUGGACGAACGAUAAGAAGUUCCCUUUUUAUCUCGCUCUUUAUUAAAGAAGGUAAGGGCAGGAUUCCUUUUUUUUUCUUUCUGCCACAACUUAAGCCAUUCAAUUAAACAACUUCUUUGUGCCACGAGACAUAAGUUUCUACGAGAGCUUCUCUCGACGGUCGCUCGGAAGAGAAAAAGUGUGAGACAUCAGGCGUCCUCCGUCUGUAUCAAUGUCAUCCCCAUAUCCUUUCCAUAUUAUUUUCAUGUGUCUCCUACAUAUUUUCUUAUGACCGUUUAUGUCACUUCCACGUCACUUGCACAUGACUGCCGGCUGGAUGGAAUUUUUGUCUCGCCGAAAACGUGUAAAGUCGCAAAUAAAUUCAGAGCUAGCUCGUCUUUCACACA